AUGAACUUCUUCAAGCUUAAGAGACCUGAAAACGAAGAAGCCAAAGAGGAAAGGGUUAAGGGCAAACAAAGCAUCGAUCUUGGAAAUGGAAGUGAAGUCAUUUACAUUCAAAGGCUUGUAGGAUUUGAAAAAUCAUGGACAUUCUUUGAUUACCUCAACAAACAUAUCCCUUGGAUUCGACCCACCAUUCGUGUCUGUGGUCGGCAAUGCCUCCAGGUGAAACGGCCUAGAGAUACAUGUUAUGUUGCAAGUCCAGGAUUGCCAGAAAUGGGUUACAGUGGAUAUAAGCCACAUGCCUACACUUGGGAUGAUUUCCCUCCAAUUAAGGACCUCUUGGAUAUGGUCCAUGAAGCGCUUCCUGGGAGUAAAUUUAACAGCCUGCUCUUGAAUAGGUAUAAAGGUGGCAAUGACUAUGUUGGUUGGCAUGCUGAUGAUGAGAAGCUUUAUGGACCUACUCCUCAAAUUGCUUCAGUUUCCUUUGGAUGUGACCGUGAAUUCUUGUUGAAGAAGAGACCUAUGAAAUCAUCCCAAGAAAGAAGAUUGGAUGGUGAACCUGCCAGCAAGAGAUUAAAGAAAAUCAGCCAUGUUGAUCAGUACUCAUUCACAUUGAAGCAUGGAUCGCUAUUGGUGAUGAGAGGUUACACUCAAAGGGAUUGGCUUCACUCAGUACCUAAACGUGCAAAAGCGGAGGCUACUCGGAUUAACCUUACAUUCCGGCAAGUAGUCUGA